AGACAACGCUCAGAUCAAGAUGGCGUCGUCCAUGAGUGGGAUGUUCUCCGGUCAGCAGCCGUCUGGUGCGCAUCCAGUCGGGGGUCCCGGUGGACCGGGUCAGCCGAGCUUCCCCGUUACAGCUACCAGGCCCCCGGGAAGCAACACCCUGGUAGAUGAACUGGAGGCUUCCUUCGAGGCAUGUUUUGCAUCCCUGGUAAGCCAAGACUACGUUAAUGGUACUGACCAGGAGGAGAUUCGAACUGGUGUUGACCAGUGCAUACAAAAGUUCCUGGACGUGGCUCGACAAACGGAGUGCUUCUUCUUACAGAAAAGGCUUCAGUUGUCUGUGCAGAAACCAGAGCAGGUGGUGAAAGAGGAUGUGUCAGAGUUACGUAAUGAGCUACAGAGGAAAGAAACCCUGGUUCAGAAACAUUUGGCCAAACUACACCACUGGCAACAAGUGCUUGAGGAUGUGAGCGCGCAGCACCGCAAACCCUCAGACCUUCCCCCUCCUGGACCGCUGGCCUUUCUGGAGCAGGCCUCUGCGAGUCUCCCCCCUGCCCCUUUAAAACCAAACUAACACACUAAAUGUUCGGUCACAUUGGACCUGACCUGCAAGUUAGCCGCAGCCGGAUGAAAAUCACACUGAAACAGUCACUCACAGAGGCUUGACUUAAAGUGAAUGGGAGAUGGAGUGAAUAUUUGCAGGACAGAGGUAUCGUGUGAUCGUACCUAAACAUUAAAGAAGAGGACAAACAUGUGACGCUGUCUCUGCCAAGCUGUGGGGAAAUUACGACAUAGAUAGUUUUAUUUAAACUUUUUGUUUCAGUAUUUUGAUUUGUGUAAAUAUUUCUGUUUGACUUUUUUACGGUAAAAAUAAAAUGAAAUUUGUGAGUAUUUUGAAUCUAGACUAUUGUUAUUGGAUGCAGGUUUAAGCUCUAGAAUUUAAAGGGGUAUUUCACCAACUUUACACAUGAAGAUGAGUUUACCAGUCCUGAAGAGUAGUACUCAGCCAGUCAAAACAAUUGUUUAAAGUCUUUUGUGUCUUUGUAAAGUCUGAAACAAUCACAGUUUGGACUACAGUUUUUUUUACUGGAAAAGUCAUGGAGUUUAAAAGACAUGGGUAUUGACUACAUGCUAUAAAGUUGUUGGCUACCUACACUUAAAAGUCAAGAUUCCGGCUUCUGCCGCAUUUAUGGAAAUGCAGUACUAAAUCACUCCUUUAUUCUCCAAAGCUUGUCCCGUGGAUGGAAAACCAUCCCUUACAAUAUUGCUAAAACUGUGAUGCAUAAUUUAAAAUAUUCAUGCAUUUACAUUAAAUAUCUAUAUAUGAUUAUGUAUUUAUAAUUAAAUAUGGAAUCUUGCCAUUAUGGAUUUAAAGAAGAACGUAAUCACAGCUUUAAUUCCAAGUCAUUUAUGCAUGAAAUCAUGACAGAGAAAUAACUUCAGAUAAGCCAUGACUGAGCCUCCUGGUGUCUCUAAUGUAUUCAGUGACUUCACACCAUAACAGACUUCACAGCUAUCGCCUGUCCGCUGGCAGUACAGCCAGACAGAAAUCUCUACAGAUGGGCUCUGGGGACAAGGCUUUUUGCAAAACAAGGGUCUGUGGUCGUGGCAUGAGAAAACUGGGGAACCGUACAUUUAUCAUUGCAUUUGCAGAGCUCCAAAUCAGCUCCCCUUUGGUUCUUGUUAUAGGCUACAUUCUCUGAUUGAGAUGAUGACUACUUUACUGAAUUAGCUGUAGUUGAGUAAAUGCUUGUUAUUUAUCCUCAACUUGAAACUUUACUUUAUUGAAACCCAUUUCUGACUGGAAAAAGAAAUAUAAUGAAAUGUUAUCAAGAUUCAAGAUUUCUUUAUUGUCAUUCCACCGUACACUGUAGAAUGAAAUUACAUGCAAGGUUCACAGAUUAAAAACA